GGUAGUGGGCUGGAGCCUAGUAUCGUACAUGCGAUGCCAUAGCGGGCCCGGGUCGGAGCUCCGUCAGCCCUCGCUCGCCCGGACCAACAGUGAGACGUCCAGCCAGGAGCCGGCAGGACCGUCGUUGCAGUCUUCGGCCGGCUCUCACUGGUCGUCUAGCACCAGCAGCCCGGCACAAAGCAUGCUCCUUCUUCAGCCUCAGGGCCACAGUCAGCAGGGCUUCUCCGAUCCCUACUCGUACGAGAGCAGCUACCCGGUCGUGUCGCAGUCGGAGGAGUUCAAGCUGCCGCAGUGCGUGGCCGCCGAGCCGGCCGAUACCUCGCUGGCCGACAUCCUGCAGGCCGAGAUGUUCGCCUCGGCCGUCGAGCUGAAGCCGCAGCCGUUCUACAACUCGCCGGCGGGCAGCCCGCAGGCGGCGGCGGCGGCCGGCGGACCGGCGCGUGCCAGCCCACCGGCCGACCCGCUCUCGCUGCCCAGCUUCGAGGAGACGUACGCGCCCCGACCGCGGCUCGACCAGUACCCGUACCGGCCAGAGAAGCCAGCCACCGAGUACGCCGGCUACGGGUACGAGUACGCGCCGCUGUACCAGCGCGGCGGCGCCUUCUCGGCGCCCGAGCCGUACGUCCAGCCGGCGCGCUACCCAGCCGAGCUGUACGCGCCGUUCGCGCCGCACCCGCCGGCCGUGCCACCGCCGUACCCGGGCCCCGUGGCGCCGUACCCGGGCGCCGGCGACAGCGGCCACGCGGCGGCGGCGGCGGCGGCUGUGGCGGCGAACCAGGGCGGCAAGCCGCGCCGCUCCAGUCUGCCUCUGACUCUGAACAGGCAGGACGGGCUGGACAUGAUGCGGAUGCGGAUCGGCGGCUCGUCCCCGGCCACACCCAGCGCCACCUCGUCGCCGACCUCGGCGCGCGGCUCGCCUACUGAGCACAAGCCCAAGUCGCCCUCGCUGCUGUGUGCCGUCUGUGGCGACACGGCCGCCUGCCAGCACUACGGCGUGCGCACCUGCGAGGGCUGUAAGGGCUUCUUCAAGCGUACCGUGCAGAAGGGAGCCAAGUACGUGUGCAGCACGGGCAGCCAGAACUGCACGGUCGACAAGCGACGACGCAACCGCUGCCAGUUUUGCCGAUUCCAGAAGUGUCUGGUGAACGGCAUGGUGCGCGAGGUCGUGCGCACCGACUCGCUGAAGGGUCGCCGCGGCCGACUGCCGAGCAAGCCCAAGUCGCCGCAGGAGCCGCCGCCGUCGCCGCCCGUCUCGCUCAUCACGGCGCUGGUGCGCGCGCACGUGGACACGUCGCCGGACGUGGCGAGCCACGACUUCUCGCAGCUGCGCGUGCCGGACGGCUCGCAGUCGCCCACCUCCGAGGCGGACAGCAUCCAGCGCUUCUACAGCCUCGUCACGUCGUCCAUCGACGUGAUCCGCGGCUUCGCCGAGCGCAUCCCGGGCUUCGGCGAGCUCUGCCCCGAGGACAAGGAGCUGCUGUUCCAGUCGGCCUCGCUCGAGCUGUUCGUCUUGCGGCUGGCCUACAGGUACAACGUGCAGGACGACAAGUUCGUGUUCGAGACAGGCCUAGUCCUUCACCGGCUGCAGUGCGAGCGAACCUUCCGGAACUGGCUGCAGCCCAUCGUCGACUUCUCGGCCAGUCUGCGCGCCAUGGAGCUGGACGUGUCGUCGUUCGCCUGCCUGGCCGCCCUCACCCUUAUCACAGACCGUCACGGCGUGAAAGAGCCGAUGAAGAUCGAGUCGAUCCAGGGUCGCAUCAUCAACAGCCUGCGCGACCACGCCACGUACGGUCGGGGGGUGCGCCGCUCGCCCACCUACAUGCCGCAGGUGCUCGGCAAGCUCCCCGAGCUGCGCUCGCUCAGCCUGCAGGGGCUGCAGAUCCUCUUCUACUUGAAGCUGCAGGACCUGGUGCCGGCGCCUCCGCUCAUCGAGAGCCUCUUCGCGCAGAGUCUGCCGUUCUGAGCCGGCGCCGGGCGCCGCUCACAUAAUCAAAAGUCGUCGUCGGCGGGCGGCCGGCCGGGCCGCCGCCGCCGCCGCCGCCGCCGCCGCCGCCCCUGUGUAUAGCUCCGACGCUGGCGCUUGGAGGCGGGUCUGGCCAGGUCGGGUCGGGUCAGGUCGGAUCGGGGCACGGGCCGGCGGGCUGAAGGGCCGCGUUUUCGCACCGGAUUUUGUACGGCGACUGUCAGGAGGGAGGGCGAUCCAGCUGUGAGCGGCGCGCGCCGCGGCGGCCGGCGCCGAGGGGCGGAACCAGCCUUGACUUGCGUACCUGUUUGCUGUGAGGUCGCCGCAAAACGCGACAGCCGGCCGGCGCGCCCGACGCCUUUCCCUAUACAUGUACAUAUAGGUGUCAUGCUUUUUGUGUUACCGUUACCGGCUCAACAUGGUUUAAAAUCUCGAUUGGUGUCCAUUUCUGCGUGUGGUCUGUUUCCGUUGAUCCGCAAUAAGUUCAGUUCGGCGCGAGUUCCACCGUUGCGCUGUAAGCCGCUGCGCGGGCGCUAAGACAAGUUGUAUGUUCCUCAUUUGCCUGCCGUCGGCCGAGAGCGCGAGCGGCGUGUGUGCGCGCCCGGUGUGUCCCCCGUUCUCGGUGUCGCGGCUGGCCCCGUCGGCCCGCCGCAUCACAUAUCUAGGUGUUGCUCGCGUGCGCGCGCGGCCAGGCCGCCGUCGCUGCGCCCUAGCGAGUUUCUCUCUGCUGCCCGCUUCCAGCGUUGCCAGUCCUUCCGGGCGCCGUGGUGGCGGAAGCGCUGCCGACGUCCCGCUGUCGCCUGGGCCAUACAGCGCUGCACCCCUCAUACGUUGUUGACCCCACUACAUAUAUAUAUUGUUAACAAUAAAUCUCAACACGUUGUAAGGCCUGUGUUUACGAGGCAUUGAACUCGAGGAGGUGGGAGCCGAGGCGCAGUGGGCUGAUGCCGACGCCUUGACACCUGCCCGCCAGUGCCCUGCGUGUCCCGUCGACCCCUAUCGUCUCACCUUUAGUAUAUAUAUAUAUAUAUAUAUAUA